GGAUGGACCCUGCUGGGUUCCUUUUUCUGUCGCAGCAGUUUCCCGGCGUCGGGUGUCGAACAUGUUCUACAAGUUUAACGGAUUCACGCAGAGACUGAGCGGCGGGGCUGGGUCUGUGGCCUAUUGCCCGCAGGGGUUGAAGCCUCUAGUUUCUACAGAACCUUCCACUAUGAUUUUUGCCACGCCAACAAAAACCAUGUCUGAAUUGGAAGGAGGAGGAAUGCACUUUUUAGGACGGAAUAAGGUGCCUGAUUUCCAGCAAAUAUUUCAGAAGCCAGAUGGUUUGCCUGUACAUUUGAAGCGAGGUGUCCCUGAUCGACUACUAUACAGGACUACAAUGGCAUUGACAAUUGGCGGGACCAUUUACUGCUUGAUAGCACUCUUUCUGGCAGCCCAGCCCAAAAAACACAACUGAAAAAAACCUAUUAAUGUGAUUCUAAAAUGCUCAACUCCAGGACCAGCAAACAGUCCUUUGUACAGUUGUAACCUGUUUACUGCUUUCUAAGUUUAUUUCUAGCAGUUUAUCUAAAAUUUGGACAUGAGAUUGACCAAUCAGUUUUAAUCUGUGAUUUGGUGAGAAUUCCAGAGCCCAGGAUUCUGCUGAAUUAUAACAUUAGGUUUAUUAGAAAUUGACAUUGAAUCAUGUAAUAUGCUUGAGAAAAUGUGUUUAAAAUUGAUUAGGGUGAAUAGAACAUAAUGCCACAGAUGGUGGAACCUGGAAGUUCUUUCACUUGCCACGAAGACCAUCAGGACCUAUGUCAAUCUUACUAAUGAGGAAUUCUCUUAUUCACCAUUGUCAUAAUAUUUUGUGCAAAUGGUGUGCAGUCUCAAUUAUGUCUGUGCAGCUAAAAUAAAGUUCUAACAGUGA